AUGUCGGUCCUCCCGCAGGAAAUUCACGCGGAGCUUACACAGCUUCUGCAAGCUCUGCAGUCUCCAGACAACUCCACGCGCUCGCAGGCCGAGGAGCAUCUGCAGAACAACUGGACCAACACUAGGCCUGAGAUCCUGUUGAUGGGCCUUGCCGAGCAGAUCUCUGCAUCACAAGACGCUGCUGUUCGAUCUUUCGCUGCGGUCAUCUUCCGUCGGAUUGCCUCCAAGUCUCGCAAAAAUGAGAAGGGGGAGAACUCAGAGAUGUUUGUCUCUCUCCCAGCAGACCAGGCCGUAGCCAUCAGACAAAAACUCCUAGAGUCUCUCGCGAACGAGGCGGAACGACCUGUCCGCAAUAAAGUCAGCGAUGCGGUGGCCGAUGUUGCUAGACAGUACACCGACAACAAUGCACAAUGGCCUGAGAUUCUCCCGGUCCUCUUCAACUUGAGCGUCGCGGACGAUGCCGGCAAACGCGAAACGGCCUUCCGAGUAUUCACGACCACUCCUGGCAUCAUUGAGAAGCAGCACGAGAGUGCCGUGCUUGAUGCUUUCGGACGCGGCUUCAAGGACGACUCCGUCUCUGUCCGCCUUGCGGCCAUGGAGGCAUUUGCUUCUUUCUUCCGCAACAUCAGCAAGAAGUCUCAACAGAAGUAUUUUUCGCUGCUGCCGGAUGUGCUCAAUAUCCUCCCACCCAUCAAAGACUCGCACGACUCGGACGAUCUCAGCAAGGCGCUCCUUGCACUUAUCGACCUCGCCGAGACAUCACCGCGGAUGUUCAAGCCUCUGUUCCACAACCUCGUCAUGUUCAGCGUCGGCGUGAUCCAAGAUAAGGAGCUCAGCGACGUCUGCAGGCAGAAUGCACUUGAGCUGAUGGCCACGUUCGCCGACUAUUCGCCCUCAAUGUGCCGCAAGGAUGCGACCUACACGAACGAUAUGAUCACACAGUGCCUCAGUCUCAUGACUGACCUUGGAGAAGACGAUGAUGAUGCUGCAGAGUGGCUUGCCUCCGAUGACUUCGACCAGGAAGAAAGCGACCUCAACCACGUUGCGGGAGAGCAGUGCAUGGACCGCCUGGCCAACAAACUGGGUGGUGAGACUAUCCUGGCACCCACAUUCCACUGGCUGCCAAGAAUGAUGACUUCCAUGGCCUGGAAGGACCGCCAUGCUGCUCUUAUGGCCAUUUCUGCCAUAUCCGAGGGCUGCCGUGAGCUCAUGAUCAAGGAGCUGAACCAGGUACUUGAGCUGGUUGUGCCAGCCCUGAAGGAUCCGCACCCACGUGUGAGAUGGGCAGGCUGCCAGGCUCUCGGCCAGAUGAGCACCGACUUCGCCCCUAUCAUGCAGAAGGAAUACUACGAUACUGUUUUGAGCGCGAUCAUCCCAGUCCUUGACUCUCCGGAGGGCCGUGUCAAGGCCCACGCUGCAGCGGCACUUGUCAACUUCUGUGAGGAGGCUGAGAAGGCCAUCCUUGAGCCACACCUCGACAAUCUGCUUUCUCACCUGUUCCAGCUGCUUCAAAAUGAGAAGCGAUACGUGCAGGAGCAGGCUCUGUCCACGAUUGCCACAAUCGCCGACGCUGCUGAGGCGGCAUUCUCCAAGUAUUACGACACUUUGAUGCCUCUCCUGGUCAACGUCCUGCAGAGGGAGAACGAGAAGGAGUACCGCCUCCUUCGUGCCAAAGCCAUGGAGUGCGCGACCCUUAUUGCCCUGGCUGUAGGCAAGGAGCGGCUCGGAAACGACGCAAUGACUCUCGUCAACCUCUUGGCCAACAUCCAGACCAGCAUCACCGAUGCUGACGACCCUCAGGCUCAGUAUCUUAUGCAUUGCUGGGGCCGUAUGUGCCGUGUCAUGGGGGCUGAAUUCCUCCAGUUCCUUCCCAAUGUCAUGCCGCCGCUCGUCGAGUUGGCUAGUGCCAAGGCCGACAUUCAGCUGCUGGAGAGCGAUGACGAGAUUGAGCAGAUCCAGCAGGAGGACGGCUGGGAGCUCGUGCCUCUGAAGGGCAAGAUGAUUGGUAUCCGCACCAGCACCAUGGACGACAAGCACAUGGCGAUCGAGCUCCUCGUGGUCUACGCUCAGACUCUUGAGGGCCACUUCGCCCCAUACGUCGCCGACAUCAUGGAGAAGAUUGCUCUGCCAGGCCUUGCCUUCUUCUUCCAUGAUCCGGUACGGUUCAUCUCGGCCAAGCUCGUGCCGCAAUUGAUCAGCUCGUACAAGAAAGCUUACGGCCAAGACUCGGCCGAGGUACGAGGCUUGUGGAAUGCCACCGUGGACAAGCUUCUCGAGGUCCUCACAGCUGAGCCAGCCAUUGAUGCUCUGGCUGAGAUGUAUCAGUGCUUCUACGAGUCUGUUGAGGUCGUUGGAAAGAACUCGCUCAACGAGCAGCACAUGAACAAGUUCAUUGACGGAGUCUUGUCCGCCAUUGAGGACUACAAGGAUCGUGUUGCACAGCGCGAGGAGGAUAGGGAGGGCUUCACUGCUGAGGAUGCUGAGGAUGAUGCGGAGGAGCUGCUCAUUGCUAUUGAGGACGACCAGACGCUUCUUUCUGACAUGAACAAGGCGUUCCACUCCAUUUUCAAGAACCAUGGCGCGGCCUUCCUCCCCGCAUGGGAGCGCCUCAUGGGCACAUACGAAGCGUUUCUGACUUCGUCUGAUGCCACACAACGACAGUGGGGUUUGUGCAUCAUGGACGACGUUCUUGAGUACUGUGGACCCGAGAGCGUCCGUUACGCUCAGGCCAUCAGCACAGCACUCAUGGAGGGUUGCAAAGACCCGUCUGCUGCUAUUAGACAAGCUGCUGCGUACGGCAUUGGAGUCGCAGCUCACCGUGGAGGCGAGCCUUGGAGCCAGUUCCUCGCGACCUCGAUACCACUCCUAUUCCAGGCUACACAAGUACCUGAUGCUCGUGGCGAAGACGCCGUCUAUGCAACAGAAAACGCCUGCGCCGCCAUCGCCAAGAUCCUGCACUUCAACAAGCAGAGUGUUGCGGAUCCCCAGGCUAUCACAAAUGAAUGGGUGAACACAUUACCCGUGACUAACGACGAGGAAGCGGCACCGUAUGCCUACGGCCUACUGACUGAGCUUGUUGAGCAGCAAAACCCCGCUGUCACAAGCCAGGUCGACAAGGUCUUUGUCUAUAUCGGUCAGGCUCUGGAGGCUGACAUGCUCCAUGGCCAGGUUGCCACGCGGUUGACGGCAGCCAUCCAAGCGUUGCUGCAGGCUGCCAAUGUCGACCCUUCGCCUCUGCUGCAGCAACACUUUUCUCCCGAGGGCCAGCAGGCGAUCAGGAAAUAUUUCCAGUAG